UGAAAUAUGUACGACGUUUAACUAGUCGAGCCAAUUUGAGUGUCUGCAGGUAAUGUGAUGAGAUACGCUCUCCUAAACCCGAUAGCGCUGGUCCCGCUCACCUCCGGGUCACUGCAGGGACUAAAUGACAGAAGACCGAGCUGAAGAGUGUUUACAUUCUAAAUAUCACACUCUGAUGCUUCAUGCCGGUGUUUUGGUUCGCGUUAACCUUCUGUCCUCACUGGUGUUUUACCACAAUACCUGCUACAUUUGUUGUUUUCUCAGAUUGAACUGAUCCUUUUCACAAACAUGUUUGCUUUAAAUUUUGAAGUGGAAAUCCGGCUUUAUUGGAUUCAGCUGGAGUUUGCCCCGUUUCAUGGAAAAAGGCUGUAACGCUCACGUACUGCAUGGGGGAUGAACCUGUUCUUCGAGUCUGUAAAUCUACAACCUGGGUUAUUCAUAAAUAGUGUCCACCGUCGACCACAAGCUCUCAUUUCUGCACCAAGCAGCUGCGGCUGAACGGAACUGCACAAAGCUGCCAUGGCCUCGCGCCCACGAGCUUCGUCUCAGCCGGGGAAGCUUUCCUUCUUCAACACCUCCAAGGUCACCUCAGCCCCUCGACUGCGGGCCUCUUCCUCGUACACGGGCACCAACCUGGCGGAGGAGCUGACCUGCACCGUCUGCUAUGAAAUCUUCAAGAACCCGGUGGUUCUCAAGUGCAGCCACAGCUUCUGCCAGAUGUGUCUGCAGCAGUUCUGGAACAAGAAGAAGUCCAAGCGCGAGUGUCCCAUCUGCAGGAGGACGUGCUCGCUGACGGAGCCCACGGUGAGCCUGUCUCUGAAGAACGUGGCCGACGCCUUUGUGAGGGACCACGGGGCCCCAGCGGCUGGAGCGGCGGCGGCCGGCGGACCGGGCCAAGAGGUGAAGUGCGUUGCACAUGGAGAAGUUCUCAAGCUCUUUUGUCUGGAUGAUUCCGAAGCAUUGUGCUGCGUGUGUCACACGUCCAGGAAGCACCAGGGACACAGACUGUGUCCCUUGGAGGAAGGCGCUCAGGAUCUCAAGGCGGCGCUUAAGACAGACCUGAUGCCCCUGAAGAAGAAUCUGCGUCUUCUGUACGAGGCCAAGCAGGAGUGUGAUGACACAACUGUGCACAUCAAGAACCAGACUCAGGCCACAGAGAAGCAGAUUAAGGACGCCUUCGCGCAGCUCCGUGCGUUCCUGCAGGAGGAGGAGGCGGCGCGUCUCGCCGCCCUGCACCAGGAGUACGAGGAGAAGGCGGAGACGGUGAGGAGGACGGCCGACGGCAUCACCAGAGACAUCCUCGCCUCCUCCCAGGCGGUCAUGGCCGUGGAGAACCAGCUGGCCUGCAGCGAUGCCCUCUUCCUGCAGGAAUACACCAACACCAAGAAAAGAGCACAGAUCCCACACACAGAGCCUGGCAGGCUGAAACAAGGAGUUCUCAUAAACGUGGCCCGUCAUGUCAGUUCCCUCAAGUACCACGUGUGGGAGAAGCUGGUGGAGCUGGUCCAUUACACCCCCAUCACCCUGGACCCCAACACGGCCUACCCGUGCCUGUCCCUCUCCCCGGACCUGACCAGCGUCGCCAACGGCGGCUCGCUGCAGCAGCUGCCCGACAACCCCGAGCGCUUCAGCCACUUCGUGUUCGCGCUGGGCUCCGAGGGCUUCGCGUCGGGCCGCCACGCCUGGGAGGUGGAGGUGGGCCUCAAGCCCGACUGGAUGCUGGGCGUGGUCAAGGGGUCCGUGGAGCGGAAGGGCCGCAUCUCGGGGUGCCCCGACGGCGGGUUCUGGAUGAUCUCGCACUGCGAGGGCGAGUACGUGGCCAUGACGAGGCCCAGCACGGCCCUGCACCCGCGGGGGCGGCUGACCCGGGUCCGGGUGCAGCUGGACUACGACGCCGGGGAGGUGGCCUUCUCCGACCCCGUCAGCAUGACGCCCAUCUACACCUUCUCUGACUCUUUCAGCGAGAGGAUCUACCCGUUCUUCUGCCCCGGGGCCAACGUCAACAAAAACAACCCGGACCCGCUGAGGAUCCGCCCGGCCAACGUGGCGGUGUGGAACAGCGUGGCGUGGUGACCGCGCAGGCGGCGGCCUCGGAACCACAUUAAAAGCGUGAAAUAAGUCAUUUGAGAUGUCAGUGCGUGUUUGUGUGGAGAAUGAAGAUCAAGCA